UCUUUCUCGUCACCACACCAACCCCUCCUCCUCCGUUCCGCUGCCCCCACCGCAGGCGAGGGCGACUCCUCGCUGCUGUCCGCCCCGAUCGCCUCGCCUCGCCUCGCCUCGCCUCCGCGGGCCGCGGCGCGCGCAGGCAAGCGGCGUAGCGCUGCGCAGUGCCCACCAACUCGGCCACCCUGCGUGAGCGCGCGUCUGGUGGCUAGCUAGCGAGGUUAGGGUUGUGCUGCGCUCCUGCAUCGUCUCCUCAUGCGCACGGACUCCUGGCCCUCGUCAUCGCCUCUCCCCCGUGCUUCCCGGCUGCCCCCGCGAGCGUCCUCCUGCUACGGACGCGCUGCUGCCCAUCAAACUCCCGCGAUUUAUCUUACAGGGAGACCGCAGCUAAUGUGGUUCUACUUCUCGAUUUUCAAUCUAGCAGCUGUGUAGAUUGGGCAAAAAUUAGGCCUCCAGAACUAUGAUAACGUGGGUGUCGCACAGGUAUCCGGUACAGGUUAGACCGUGGAUAUUACUGGCACAGAGGAGUGAAGUUUGUAUCGGUGCAAAGGGGAUAAGGGUGUUUGAAACAGAAUGAGUUAUCAAGGAUUGAAUUGACAGAAUAACUUACGAGACUAUGAUUGAGAUGCGAUGGGGGUAUGGAGGGCCUAAGCCUACUAACUGGGCAAGCUUACGUGUCAACGAUUAUCUGCAAUCUAAACAUAAUUAUUCAUUUGAAGUUUGGAACCCUCUGUUGAAGCUAACAGAAAAAGGUUCUGUGUUGAAACUGAAUAUUCACUGCCUUUCAAGGAAGAAGAGCUUCUAAUUGUAGCAACUUGUUUCUUUCCUUUGUUAUUCUUGAAUGCUGAUGACCUCAGCCUCUCACGUUACUUGGAACUCAAGGUCAUACUGAUAUAAAGUUUUGACAAUGGAACAAGCAACAGGUGUUAGUGGUCAUGAACACAUAAUUGAUAUUUCGAGGGACACUGGUUCUUCUGCUUCGGUUUCUCGUAGUAUUGAUAGAGAGAACAAUGAAGAAUUGAAUCCCAUGGAUAGGCCAUCAACCAGAGCUCUAGUACCUGCCUUGCAGGCACCAUCAGCAAUAGGUGCUGUAUCUAAUGCAGGGCACACUUCAGGCACUAGGAGAAGUGACAGCUAUGUUCGGCGGCACAGAAGCCCUUUGAAUUCUGGAUUGUGGAUUUCAAUUGAAGUCAUCGUCAAUGUGAGCCAAAUUGUAGCCGCCAUUGUUGUGCUUUGUCUGUCAAGAAAGGAACAUCCACAAGCUCCAUUACUUGAAUGGGUCAUAGGUUAUACGGUUGGUUGUUUUGCCACGUUACCCCAUCUUUAUUGGCGCUAUAUACACCGUAAUAUUGUAAAUGGUGAGCAUGAGCAAGCACACGCGCCUCAAGGGUCCUCUCAUAACAGCUCAACAGAAGACACUAAUGUGGCAAGUGCAUCAGAACGUCGUAGAAAUGCUGCACGAAAUGCGGUGCUUGCUAACCCGAGGAUUAAUGCGCUGUUUGACCACUUCAAGAUGGCUUUGGAUUGUUUCUUUGCUGUAUGGUUCGUUGUUGGUAACGUGUGGAUAUUCGGUGGGCGUUCUUCUGCUGCUGAUGCUCCAAACUUGUACAGGUUGUGUAUUGUGUUCCUCACUUUUAGUUGCAUUGGGUAUGCCAUGCCCUUCAUCCUAUGCGCAAUGAUAUGCUGUUGCCUCCCCUGCAUUAUAUCUGUUAUGGGUUUUAGAGAAGAUACAAACAAUACAAGAGGGGCUACCUCAGAAUCCAUCAGUGCUUUGCCUACAUAUAAAUUCAAAACCAAGAAACGCCGCCAUGGUUUAGGAAAUGAAGCUGAAGGCCAAGAUGGAGGGAUAGUGGCUGCAGGGACAGACAAGGAGCGGUCACUUUCUGCCGAAGAUGCUGUAUGCUGCAUAUGUCUCGCAAAGUAUGCACACAACGAUGAGCUUCGUGAACUUCCCUGCUUGCACUGUUUCCACAAGGAUUGUGUUGAUAAAUGGCUCAAGAUAAAUGCACUUUGCCCUUUGUGCAAAUCUGAGAUAGCAAGCUCAUCUGGCACUUCUGGUACACGUCACUCAGACCAGAAUGCUACGGUGCAGGAGAUAGAGAUGCAUUAGGUUGGUCUACUUUCUGUGCUACUACAAAAGAUUAUGGCUGUUUGUGGUUCCCCAUCUUCAUGUAUAAAGUCCAAGAUUGAUGUAUGGAUUGUAGUGACGCCCAGGGUUAUUUUUGUCACUGUUAUCUUGGAGAAGUUACAGCUCUUCUCGCUGUCACUCAACAAUGCCAAGCCUAUACUACCCAGGUUUCCAUCA